AUGGCUGCUGCCAGGACCGACCUCUAUUAUGUGCCUGAGAGCUUGAAGCGCGAAUUUUCGACGCACGAGCUCGCAGAGUUCUUGGACCAGUUCAAGGCCUUUGACACGAGUGGCGACGGCGGCAUCGAUGUCAACGAGCUCUCGACGAUGAUGGCGUCCAUGAACGUGCACAUGGAGCGCACCGAGCUACUGCAGCUCAUUGCAGCCGUCGAUGAAAACAACUCGGGGCAGAUCGAAUUCACCGAGUUCGUGCGGAUGAUGAGCAACCUCCGGCGCGGCAAAGCCAACAAGCUCGGACGGUUCAUGCAGCUGGCGAAACAAGCGUUCGAGAUUCGGCGCGAAUUUACGGCGACCGUGACGACACCGAUUCCAGGCUGCGUCAUCGAGCCGUUCCCAAAGGACAUGCGGCAAUGGCACGUGCACAUUGCGGGCCCAGAGACGUCGCCGUAUGCCGGUGGUCGCUUCACUUUUCACUUUGAGUUUGGUCACGAGUACCCGUACGAGGCGCCGUCAGUGCGCCUCCUCACGCGCGUGUAUCACUUGAACUUUAUUGUGCUCGUCGACGGGUCCGCGUCGGCCGAGUGCCUCACGCAGCUGUGGAACCCAGAUUGGCGCAGUCGCGACCUCAUCGAGCGUAUCCAAGCGCUCCUUCUCGCGCCCGACCCCGCGCUCAUGGAGCCACUGUACAACAGCGCCGAAGCGCGGCUAGAGCUCCAAGGAUUGCGCUAUGCAGGCACGACUGUUCGCAGCUUUGGCCUCGACUGUCUUCGCCUCUUCCACAACGACUACGAGGCGUAUUGCAAGCACGCAAGGGACACGACAGCCAAGCACGCGAUGCGUGCCGUACCCCCCUCUUGA